CGCUCCUCCUCCCCAAUAGGGUCCUGCUGCGCAAGCUUUUGCUCCACGUGUUCCGAGCUGCAGUGCGCUAACAACCUUGGCCACCGAUGUCCCCCGCAGGUGCGGAAGCCGGUCCACUUCCACGGCCCGGACGAGACGCUUCCGCAGUGGCUGGCAGCGCUGCACGAGCACGUGAUUCGUACCGCCACAAGCCGUGCGGCGUGGUCGCCUACAGCGUCGGCAACGGGGCAGGCCUGGUGGCUGCGGCGCAGUUGCGGAGUUUCCUGGGACAGCUCGGCAUGAUCACGCUGCCCUUUAGUAGCGUCAAUGCCAAGAUACAAAAGUCGCUUUCCGAGGACGGCACCCUGCUCGACGAGGAGUUCGCCAGGGGAAUCAACAAGAUGCUCGGCGAACUCGAGUGGUACUGCACCGCGCUUAGGAACCACAAGGACGUGUGCGGACUACCAUCCUAGCAGGAUAGUUAUACUUUGUUUUGGGCACUGACGGGCUUCCACCUCUUCUGUACAUAUA